AUGGAAAACGAAAUAUUUACUGAUAAACAAGACAUUCGACAACGAUUAUAUCAACGAACUCAAAGUGAACAUGCUGAUGAUAAUGAUACAAAACCAUCUUAUUUACGAAGUUAUUCUAAUCCAUUGAAAACAGAUAUAUCUAAGGAAGAUGAUGAUGACGAUGAUUUAAUUGAUACAGUUCUUGAAGUUCCAACAAAAUGUGUUGAACAAGUACGAGAAGUUGGUAAACGUGUUGUUCAAUAUGUUGUUGAUCAUAGUCAUCUUCCACAUUGGUUACUUGAUAAUGAAUUUCUUAUAUCAGGACAUCGUCCACCAAUGCCAAGUUUUAAAGAAUGUUUUGCAUCUAUAUUUCGUCUUCAUACAGAAACAGUUAAUAUAUGGACACAUCUAUUGGGUACAUUAUUUUUUAUUAUAAUGGCUAUUUANUUUUAG